GUUCGGCACGCGCCUGGCGCCAGGGCGGAUCCGCUCAGCUCGUUGCGCCCCCGCGUCGAGGCGCCACCCCGCGUCCCGCGUCUCUCGUCUCGUACCCCGGCGCUCCCGGCGCGCGCGCGCCGCUCAGCUGUUCCACCCCCGCCUCGCUGGUCGUUCCCCCGGCCGGCCGUCAACCGCUUCGGUCUUCCCCACCGCGCGGGUCGUUCCAUCCGCCGCCGACCCAGCAGCAGCGACCCGCGGAGCGGCCCUCAGUGCCGUUGACGCGGUGCGGGGCGCGGGAUGGCGAUGCCGUCCUCGGACCUGUGGGACCCCUGGGAGCCCUGGGAGCCGCCGCCAGGGCCCGGGCCCGGCGCGGGCGCGCGACCCCGCGCGGGCAGGGGGGUCAUGACGCUCACCACGACGCGCUCCUCGAGGACGCUCACCCUCAACGGGCUGACGGUCACCACCACGCUGCGGGCCGUCGGCGGCGCGGCGCGCGAGCGCACCCUGUCCGGCCCGGCCCACGUCAGCAACGGCGCUGACGGCGGCGACCUGCCCGACGGGAGCUGCUUCCGUCGGACCAUCCCCGCGCGGCUGUCCGUGGCCUCGAUGCUCACGCUGCCCGCCUACCGCCAGCCCCGCCCGCCCGCGCCCACGCCCGCCACGCCCCCCGACCCACCCCCGGGCGGGGGCGGCAUGUGGGGCGGUGGCGGCGGGUGCGGGGGCAGCAGCAGCAGCAGCGCGUCGGGCGGCGGCGGCGACCAUGCGGCGGCGAGCACGCCCGCCACCACGCGGCCAGUUCAGUACUUGGGCUCCUUCCCCGUCACGGGCCAGGACCACGCCAGCAGGGCCGACAACGUGCGGGUCCGCCUCCAGGAGCUGAGGGCCAACAACAGCGCCAAAUCCGUGCUUCUAGUCAUCUCCGUGGCCGGCAUCAAAGUAUGCAGCCCGGACGGGCAGGGUGUUCUCAUGGCGCACGCGCUGCGCAGGAUAUCGUACGCCACCUGUGAGCCCCUGCACGCGCAGUUCAGCUUCCUUGCCCGAGAGCCGCGCGGCCAGCUCAGCCUCCAGUACUGCCACUCAUUCCUCGCGGCGUCCCCACAACAGGCCGAAGAGCUUAACUCGAUCGUGGGCAAUGCGUUCCGUAUGGCGUACGCCGCCCAGCUGCAGCGGCAGGACGCCACGACGCUGAGCCACGGCCUGGGCAAGCCCGCCCACAACAUCAACAACAACAACAUCUUCGUCAACAACAAUAAUAACAACAAUAACAACAACCACAACGACAAUGAUCGUCAUGCUUGGGCGCAUCAGCUGAUCGGCUCGCGGUCGGCCCCACCCCCGGCGCCGCCGCUGCCCCCGGCCGCCCCCGCGCCCGCCGCCAUGAGCCGAGUGUCGAGGGGGCUGCCGCUGCGCAGCCGCGCCGCCCCCGCCGCGGCGCCCGCCGCCAGCACCAUCCUGAACCCCUGCAGCCCGGAGAGCGACGACAGCAACUCGCCCACCGAGCUCAACUCGUACCGGAGGCUGGGCGACAAGCCACCCCUCAUCAAGCGCCUGGCCAUGGGUCUGACGGGCCGAGAGAGCGUCGAGGAGGACGCGGACGUGGCACCGCUCGUGUCCGUGGUGGAGAGCCCCACCAACAACAACCUCGUGGAGGACUCGCCCGUGGGCGCGCCGCCGGGCGGGACCCUGAGCCUGGGCGGACCUCUGGGGGGCCUGCAUGGGCACCUCGCGGGGCUGCACGCCCUGCAGGGCCGGGCGACGCUGCCCGACAACGUGAGCAAGCGCGCCGACGUCAACUCAAGGUUGUCCCAGUGCUCUCAUGCCGGCUCCAUUGACCUGAGUGACCUCAAGGGGAAGCGGAUCUCACAAAUCAGUUCGUGCUCGUCGGGGGUGUCUUCUCACGGCCCCAGCGCGCCCGUCGCCACUACCACAAACACCACCACCACCACCUCCUCCUCCACGCACCUGGGCGCGCGCCCCGGAGCAGCCCCUACACCUCCCCCUCUACCCGAGAGGACGGACAGUCUGGUCAUGAGGCCGGAGGACGGCGAUCUGAGAACGGCGCCCUGGUUCCAGGCUGGAAUCCCCCGGGAAAUUGCCCUAGAAGUACUUGGAAGAGAACAAGUGGGCUCUUUUAUGGUUCGUGAAAGCACCACAAAGCUGGGCUGCUUUGCUCUUUCAUUACGAGUCCCUAGAGAUUUCCAACCAUCUGGAAUUGCCCAUUACCUUAUUCUGAGAACAAAUAAAGGCUACAAGAUAAAGGGCUUUACAAAAGAAUUCUCUACACUAUUGGCGCUGAUUACUCACCACUCUGUGAUGCCUGAGCUACUUCCUGUUCCUCUGGCUCUAAGUCGGAAACAUGUCAAUACUAGCAGGACAGAUUCUAGUCGUGAUUUUGCUGAUGUUGAUACAGAUCCUGACUACAACACUCUGGCUGACUUCAGAAAAAUUAUGGCAGACCUUAAUGUAUAGGAUUUUAUUCAAAUAGUCAUAGUUUGUCAGGAAAAUAGAGGAAGUAAUCUCUAUACAGUGCACACAAAACAUUCAAUAUACAAAUUUGUGUGAAAAGUGCCAAAGUCUGAUGUUUAGUCGCAAAGAUGCUUGGGUAUCAUUGCCUAUGUAGAGUACUAGUCUUUUGGAGCAUCUCUUUAUUUUAAAGAAAUAAUGAUAUGGUCUACUAAUGAGACUAUUUACAAAAAAUGUUAAAAGUGUCUCACUGUUUUUCUGUCAUAUCAAGAAUAUUAAGCAUCUUCUUACUAGUCCUGCUAAGAUUUUGAGUGAAAAAUGUCACAAAUUGUGCAAAGUUUUUGCUUUAUGAAAGCAGUCAAUGAUGCUUGCCACACUAUUAUUUUUAUUUCUCAUCCAAACUUGAAAAAGUUACAUAUUGUUAUUGUUCUGCUGUAGAGCAAACCCACAGAAAACAUGAUGAAUAAUUUUAAAGGGAAGACCACAAAUUUCAAAAUUUUGUAAGGUAUUCCAAAGGAAAGGACCAUUUGGACUUUACUUUUAAUUUCUUUGUUACUGUGGAAGAUGUAUAGAACAAAUUUUGCUGUGAUAAUUGGUUUAAUAUCUACUGGUUUAUGUACAUUUUUUGGGAGAGUGUAAAUAAAACUGUGUUAGUCAUAAGAAAUUCAAAGAUAACAUCAGAGAUACAAUGCUAAAUUUUCUGAUUUUCCGCUCUGUCUUUUGAAGUAUGUUCUUUUUGAUAGUCAAUGAGCAAACUUGAAUAUGACAAAUGCUUCCUUCCUCCAGGGUUUUUUUGAACUUUCAAUUUGUUAAAAUUGAAUGUUAUCAAAGUUAGGUUGUAAUUUUAUGUCCAAAAAAGAAUGUACUUACAUGUCAUGUAGUUAAUUUAAUUGGUACAGAUGGGUAUCAGAAAUUGACCAUCUUUUAAUUGAGAUGCAAGAUAGAAACUUCUGAAUUAUAGUUGUCUUAUUUCAAAUCUCAUCAGAAUGGUUUUAGUUAGCAUUCAGAACCACAUUAUUGUAACAAAUAUGAUGAAGUACCAAACAAAUAGUUCUACUGUAUAUGUCUGUCAGUACAUUCCUUUGAUGAGCAAAAUUGUGGCUUUUGUGUGAUGCUAGUCAUAGAGGUUUGAGUUCCAAAGCGCUUCCUAUCCUAUGUAUUGGAAGUUCAGAGCUUAACGUACCUUCAGAAGAAAAUGAUGGUACUGUUACUUAUUUGGGCAGUAUGCAGAAUGCCAAAUAACUGUUGUUAUCAUUUCAGUCAAAUAAACAAAUAGUAUGUUUUAAA